CUCCCUCUCUGGCUUGGAUUUGGCUCUGUAGUCUGGCUGGCCGACCCUCCAUCAUUCCUAUUUAAAAACCCUAAUUGUAAUAAAGCUUGCCUCCACACUCCGCGCUCCACAGUGUCGUCAGGGAUGGGGGAGGAGCACACUGCCGAGGAUGGGAACUGAAAAAUGUACGGGUGUUCGUCCAAGAUAUUCCGAAUGGCACCCUCCGUUUCUAGAACCCUAAUAAAGCUUCGGUUUGCCACUCCAAUUCCUACUUCGACGAGCAAGUGGGAUCCACUAGGAACGUCUUCCUGGAAAUGCUCCUUCUCUACUUCUGCCGGACCUCUCUCCUCUCUUCCUCAGUCUUUCUCGCCUUCGUCUUCUCAAUCUCAGGCUCAAGAUAAGAAGACGGGGAGAUGGUCGAGGUGGUUACUUUUCCUUCCUGGGGCGAUCACGUUUGGUCUUGGAACUUGGCAGAUCUUCAGAAGGCAAAAUAAGAUAGAAAUGCUGGAGUAUAGAGAGAAAAGAUUGGAACUAGAACCUAUACCGUGGAACGGUAUAUCUUCUUCAGAUGGAGAUUUGGAUUCUCUAGAGUUUAGGAGGGUGAUAUGCAAAGGUGUUUUCGAUGAAACUAAAUCCAUCUAUUUGGGCCCACGAUCUAGGAGCAUUUCUGGAGUGACCGAGAAUGGCUAUUAUGUUAUCACUCCUCUAUUGCCAUUGGCAGACAACUCUAAGAGUGUGCAGUCUGCAGUUUUAGUUAAUAAAGGAUGGGUCCCACGCAACUGGAAGGACAAGCCUUCUGAUGUUUCACAAGAUGGUGAACCGCCUCCAAAUUUACCUUCCCCCAAUACUACUCAGAAUGAAGGGAAUUCUCCGUGGAGGUUUUGGUCCAAGAAGCAUACAAGGGUUAAGAAUCAAGCUCGUGAUAUUACUCCUGUUAAAGUUAUUGGUGUAGUUCGUGGGAGUGAGAAGCCUAGCAUCUUUGUUCCGGAGAAUAAUCCAAGCUCUGGUCAGUGGUUUUAUGUUGAUGUUCCUGCCAUUGCACGUGCUUGUGGACUUCCAGAGAACACUCUAUACAUUGAAUAUAUCAGUGAUGACAUCAAUCCUAGUAAACCAUACCCUAUCCCAAAGGAUGUCAAUGCUUUAAUUCGCAGUUCAGUUACGCCACAAGACCAUUUAAAUUAUACAUUGACGUGGUAUUCGUUAUCAGCUGCAGUAACAUUCAUGGCUGUCAAGAGAGUGAAGCCAAGUAAGAGCCGAAGAUAACAGAUCUUUGCUGCAGGGUUCCACCAUUUGUUUAUUCAAAUAAACUUUUUAGGAAUCCACAGAGGAAUUUUACCCGAAAAUAAAGAAUAUUUAGAACCCAUUGAGAUUUUUG